UCGUUCAUUUGAAGGGGCGUCGUUGGGGUUCUUGUUGUGUCUUUUGGUGGUAAUAUUGUCUUCCAGCAGAUAGGACAUCAUGUCUGACGCAGUGGUAAGCUUUAUGAAGGAUUUCUUGGCCGGUGGUGUGGCCGCUGCCAUCUCCAAGACCGCUGUGGCCCCCAUUGAGAGAGUCAAACUGUUAUUACAGGUCCAGCAUGCCAGUAAACAGAUCACAGUUGAGACACAGUACAAAGGUAUCAUGGACUGUGUAGUGAGAAUUCCCAAAGAGCAGGGCUUCCUGUCCUUCUGGAGAGGCAAUCUCGCUAAUGUCAUCAGAUACUUCCCCACGCAAGCCCUCAACUUUGCCUUCAAGGACAAGUACAAGAAGGUCUUCCUUGGAGGAGUGGACCAGAAGACCCAGUUCUGGCGUUACUUCGCCGGUAAUCUGGCCUCUGGUGGCGCCGCCGGUGCCACCUCUCUGUGCUUCGUCUACCCUCUUGACUUCGCCAGAACAAGGCUUGCCGCUGAUAUCGGUAAAGGCUCAGUGGAGAGAGAGUUCACUGGUCUUGGUAACUGCCUUACCAAGAUCUUCAAAUCUGAUGGUAUUAAGGGUCUUUACCUUGGCUUCAAUGUGUCCGUCCAGGGCAUUAUUAUCUACAGAGCUGCUUACUUUGGUGUCUACGAUACAGCUAAAGGUAUGCUGCCAGACCCCAAGAACACACACAUUGUCAUCAGCUGGAUGAUUGCCCAAACUGUCACUGCUGCCGCCGGUAUUAUUUCAUAUCCCUUUGACACUGUCAGACGUCGUAUGAUGAUGCAGUCUGGACGCAAAGGAGCUGACAUUAUGUACAGCGGCACAAUCCAUUGCUGGAAAAAGAUCACCAAGGAUGAGGGUCCAAAAGCCUUCUUCAAGGGUGCCUGGUCCAAUGUGCUGAGAGGCAUGGGCGGAGCCUUUGUGCUGGUCCUGUAUGAUGAAAUCAAGAAGUACACAUAAACAUUCUCCAUCCAUUAUUUCCAUCAUACCAAAGGAAACCCCUUAGCGCAGUGUAUGUAUAGAGUGAUACCAAUCAGGGAGAGAAGUGUGGGAAGAGUGUACUUGGCCAAGCUGGCCAAGGGGUGAGUUGUGAUCACGUGACAGUAUGUGGUCACUGUACCCUCCACCCAAAUACUUGUAAAUAUAUUUAAGCCAACCCACUGCCCCUCUGUUUUUUAGUUUAUUUAUUUGAAUAAUUUUCCCUUAAAUCCCUCCUAACUCUGAGAGUCAUGCUUUGCAGUGGCACUUAUUCACUGCAGUUAGCUGAACACAAUAACUCCCUGACUGAACCAAAUGACUGUACACUGGAUAGUUGAUGGUUCUUGUGGCAUGUUCCACCUUGUGUUCUUUUAAUAAGAAUAAAACUUCAUCUUCUGUUU